AUUGGAGGAUGAUGUAAGUUGAAUGUGUUUCAUUUUCUAAAUGUUGUUCUGUGCACUAUUCAAGUUAACAUGUAUGUGAUAUUUACUUCCGUUUUUAAUGUCAUCUGUAACGUUAAGUGUCAUGUCGGAGUAUGGCAUGGCAUCUUAUAUAUAAUGCCACACCCAGACUCAGGCAGAGAAACGCUUGAUAACUUUGAAAAGAAAACAGUAAUACAGACGUGAUACACUAACUACAAAAAUGGAGGAGUGGUGCGUAGAGAUUAAUGAGCUUCAGUCGAGGAUUUACGAGGCAUUACGGAGCUCAGAGGACACAUCUGACCUCAUUGACGGACUUAUCUGUAUCAACUGUCCGCUGGGAAAGAGGUAUCGUCUGCUUCCCAUGGAACAGCUCUUCAAGGACAACAGCAAUUUUUUUGAGGGAAUUAAGAAGAUUGGGAUCGCUUUGCACAUUCUAGAGAAGUACUGCCGCCAUCUUUUGAAGUCUCCCUCUGAAAGGUCACAAAUGUGGAGAAUUGUCAAAUUCUCCAACAAUAUCUUCAAAGACAGAGUGGAUUGUGUAAUAGGAGGAAGGGAAAUUAUGAAACUGAUGGGCUACACAGAGGACAUUCAAGACGGGUUACAGUUUCCGAACUCGGCCCAAACUGAUGAUGAUCAACUGCUUCACCUGUUGGCAGACAUUACAUGUGGGAAGCGAGAGCUAGAUGCAUACUUGACAAAUUAUCAUCCUAAUCCAGAGAGGGUGGAAAUUCUGUUGCCUCAUGACACAGUACUGGAUGUGGCAAGAUUCCAGAAGAACUGGAUCCAGCAAGGAAAUCUUCCAACGAGAAAGCUUAAGCCUUUAACAAGCAAUUCAUCAUCAUCAUCAGAAUCCAGGUUAACCAAUCAGUCGUCCAGUGGCUCUUACUCGGACAACCAGCCAGUGAAACAAGACAUUUUAAAUCAUAUUCAGCAACCAAUCAGGGAGACGGUGUCCGAGUCGGAUAUGUCUGUUCAAGGUUCUUCACAGUCAAAGACGUCUGAAGUCAACACUGCAGGUUCAAGUGAAAUAGAAUCUUCUCAGUGCAGCAUAGUGUGUGACAUCUGUGGUCAGUCAGUAGCUGUGUUUAUGUGUGGUCGAUGUGACAACAAGCAGCUGUGUAUGGCCUGUGAUGAAAGAUGGCAUCAGCAUCCUAAACGCAAAAAUCACGAUCGCCAGAAAUUACAGAUGUCCAGUUCAGAGCAUAAAUCAGAUGAACCGGAGUAUCUAUCAGCAGUGGAGAGCCAUGCUCUAAACCCUGCUCCUACUCCACAACACCCCCAGGAACUACCUGAGGGAAAGCCUGUGUACACUGCACCAGAUACAACCCAAAACCAGAUGUCAUACUCCACCACAGCACCAGCCCCAAACAAAGGCAUGACACAGUAUUCUGGUGUAAGCCUGAUCCAACCACAGUAUGCAGUGGCUGCAAACAAUAACAACACUGAUUUAUCCAGGUUCCCAAACACUGUCCAGAAAUCUCAGAUGUAUGAGGAGGGUUACCAUCAAGAAGGCUUGAUAUCAGGGCUUAGUACGAUGCAGCCUUCACAGACCGGUACUCUGCCCAGAAUGUCACAUGAACCAAGUGUUCAUCAAAAUAUAUAUCACACCCUCCCACGAGAUCUGCGUUCCAUGCCUCCCAGCAUGCAAAGAGCCGCUCCCGGUGGACCUCCGACCUCUAAACUUCUGGACAAGAUAUUGGCCAUACCUGACUUGUAUAAAAGGAAAUCAAAAUUAGAGAUCAAUCUUGAGACACUGAGGGAAGAAAUUGAUCUAAUCGAAGAAAGAAUACAGGAGUGUAUUGCUCAGAAUGCAACAUUUUAUGAAGAUGAAGAGUAUGGUCGUCUUUUCAGGAAAAAGGGAUUCUUCCAAAGGGAAAAGAUAGAAUUGGAGAAAUACGAAAAAGAAUUGGAUGAAGUUUUGUCACAGAAGGAUCAAAUGUACUACCCUCCACAAUGGCCCCUGAAUUACAACCAGCAGAUAGCACUGAAUAGCCUUCCCUUAGGGCAUUUACCGUCUGUCAAUUCUCCAAAUGUAAAUCCACCUCAUAGUGGAAUGUAUAUCUUUGUUCCUGGUUCAUAUCAAAACAAUCAGCCUGUUUAUGGACAAAGUCCACCUGUGCAUUCCGGUGACAUUCCGAGCCUUCAGAGUCCAAGCAUUAAUCAAUUACCCAUCCAAAGCCCCCCAUAUUAUGGUCAUCCUCCUGGGCACUCCCAGUAUUUUCUUCCCAAUGAUCAAAGCAUUCAAUGUACGUCACCACACACCCCAAGGCAGGCUUACCAAACACAGCAGAGCUCUCCCAGAACCCCAAAAGUAUCACCUCAGUUGCAUGGAAACUUUGUCUAUGCAAAUCAGCCACAUGGUCAGUCACCCAAAACUCCUGGUCUUCAACACAAUGUAGAGCACAGGAGAAGUCAGUCCAUGUUUCAGGAUAAUACGGAGAAUUUACACGCUAGAAAGAUACCUUCAGAGCAACUAACAUUGCCAUUAAUGGAGGAGAGGAAAGCAUCUAAAGAAAAUAUGGCCAAUGAAUCUCACCAAAGACAUGCAAGCUGUAUUUCCUCAGUAGACCAUAAGAAGCCGGUGAAUAUACAACAAGUUCCAUCUCCACCAAAAUUCCAUGACCUGCCUGUGUCCGCUAAAACUGUUUAUCAGAAUUACCCUCCUCCAGCAGACCUUGUGCCCCAGUUAGAAUCGCCCCCAGUGCCCAUUCCACCAAGAAUCCCAAAAGAACCUCCUCAGUUGCCUGCACAGAAACCAAAGUCUGAGGGAUAUGGAUCCCCCUGGAUCUGCCAACAUUGCACCUUCCAUAAUGAUCCAGACACAAGGGUGUGUGCUGUCUGUUUCAAAACUAGUGAUAAUCCCAAGUUUGUACGACAAACAGGUGCGCAUACAGCACUUUCAGAAACAGACCAUACUGCCACCAAUGAUUUGAACAAACCAGAUAGACCACCACCUCCCUCUGUUGAGAGAAAUCAGUCAUCUGCCACAGGAGGAAGUAGUGAAGUUUCAAAGAUUAUCAAAAAAGCCUCUGCAGCAGGGCAAAAACUUGUGCAGCAAUAUGAUGAGAUUUAUCAUGAGAAACAAGAGGCCAAACGCCUGUAUGAAGAGAAAAUGGAGCGAGAAAAACAAAAGGCAGCAGAAGAGAAGCUGUCACAGCAGGCACUUAUUGAUCAGUUACAAAAAGCAGUCAGUCACUCCCAACCUUCAGCACAAGAGGGUACUAAAAGUAUGCUCCCUGACAAGGACAAGCAGAAGCCUGAUGAAAAGGAACAGUUAGCUGUUCCUGUUCCAGAAGUUAGUGAUAAAGCCCCUGAGCAGGUUCAACCUCUCAGCAAAUCUCCCAGAAACAAACAGGGUCUGACCUUUACAGAGACAAUGGAGAAACUGAAUCGACAGCGAAUGCAAGAAUUGAUGGAUAUAGAAGCCAAGGAAUUGGUCCGAUUUUUUAAGGAUGCUGAGAAAGAAGGUUUUGACACAGAUGAGGCCGAACUUGCAGUGAAGAUGUGUUUGGGUGAUCAGCUGCUCCCGUUACAAUGGCUGAAGCAGGUCUGGGUGAACCGGGUGAAGUCUGUCAGAAGUAAGGUAACCAAGGAGGGCAAAGACAUGAAUGAAAAUGAAGUGGGAGAGUUAUCUGAGAUGGAAGCCAAAACUUCUCUGAAAGAAACCAGUGGAGAAAUUCAACAGGCUGUGGAUAUCUGUACAAAAAGAAGACGUAAACUGUAUCAAGAAAUAUGCAAGGUCGACAAAUUUCCCAGAGAAGAAAUUCUCCAGGCCAUGUUGUUAGCAGAGGGAAAAUUAGAGGCUGCUCUGGAUCACCUGAACUCAAACAGCAUUCAACAGUUCUUAAAUCGACUGUGGGAGCAUGAGAAUGCUUCCAUUCAGGCAGACGAAAGAGAGGAGCAUGAACGUGAAGCACAGGACGUGUCGAGUGUCCAAGACACAUGUAUGAGUGUCACAAACAGUGUGCUCAAACACACCCAAUUUCAGGAGAUGGUCCGUAACAAGGACAUCAGCUAUGAUAGGCGAUCUCGAAUGAUAAUGGUGGAGGGUAAGCUGCAGAGCUGGGGACGAGCCGAUACCGUGCUGAAGAUCCUGGACAUUGAUGUUUUGGCCAAAAAGCUGGAAGCCACACUGGAGGACAUCGUGGAGGCAGUGUACAACUGUGGUGACCGCCAGAGCUCUCUAGUGUAUCUGCAGCAGGAGUGUCAAUGUUGCUUUGCUUAUUUCCCCAUGAGUAAGAUAAGAACCCUAAACUGUCCUUGUAAGAUCUGUGUGGAGUGUAUGAAGAACUACUUUGAGCUGAACAUUCGGGAGAAACAUGUGAGAAAUCUCUGCUGCCCAAUCUGCCAACACCCCAACAUGGACAAUACAGAAGCAGCCAAUGAAUAUCUAACAUUCCUCACCAUGCUGUUGAAUACUAUGGUUGGACCAGAUAUAAAAGAAAUAUAUGAAACCAAACUGAGAGACUGGCAUUUACAGAAAGAUCCUAACUUCAGAUGGUGUGCCCAUUGUGGGAAUGGUUUUAUCAAUAUUGGGGGAGAAAGAAACCCAGCCAUGCAGUGUCCAUAUUGUCACAAAAAGACCUGCUUCAACUGCAAGAAACAGUGGGAGGAUCAACAUGAAGGUCUGACUUGUGAGCAGUAUGAACAGUGGAAGAUAGACAACGACCCAGAGAACCAGGCCAUGGGUCUGGCAGCUCAUCUGGCAACCAAUGGAAUCGAUUGUCCUAGUUGUAAAAUGAGGUUUUCUCUGGCAAAAGGAGGCUGUAUGCAUUUCAACUGUCCCGAGUGUGGACAUGAGUUCUGCAGUGGAUGCUCUCAGAUUUUUGACUCCAAAGGAGUUUGCCUGAAGUUUAAAAGUUGCCGUGGUAAAGGUCUUCACUGUCAUCAUCCCCGGGAUUGUUUCUACUAUCUCCGUGACAACUCGGUGGAAGACCUUCAGCGUCUGUUAAAGGAAAAGCAUGUUAAGUUUGACAUGGAAUCCCCGGAAAACCAGGAGGAUCCGCACCACUGUCCUGUCAUGGAGUUAAAGGAUGUUCAUGAAGGAAAAAAGGACGAAGCGUGUGGUAAAGAAGUCGCUGCCAGCAAUGCUGGACUCUGUGUGAUUCAUUACAAAGAGUACCUGGUCAACCUCAUUAAUAAAAAUAAGCUGGAUCCAGUCCACAUUAUGAACAUUACUGAAAUGAUGCGGCUGAUUGAGCGAGACGAAAAGACCCCUCCACAGCGUAAACCCACUUACCAAGACUCACAAUACCGUAAAAAACUUAUGCAGUUUAUAAAGGAGAAAAUUCCACUUCAGAGAUAAUAGACAAUGAAGCCCUGGCUAAAAAAAUUUGAUGAAAUAAAAAUGUUGAAUUUUUAGCUCACUUUGUACAUACAUGUACAUAUGUAUGUACCCCGUGUUGGUGUCCAAGAGGAACUUAUCAAAGUAUGUCCAUUCCUAAGUCACUCAAUGCUGUACAUGGACGUAACUUGCUUGGAUGAUGGGUCUAGGGACGUAUUCUACUAUUCAAGUUUGGGAUGAAGCUUGUGACAUUUUUGUUAUGUGAAGUUCAUUUUUUGGAGCAGAGGAUUCUGAAUCAAACUUGUACGAGUAUGGAGAAAGGCCUUUGAAAAUAGAAUCAAUUGGCAUGCCUUCAUUCUAGAUGAACUUAAUAGUAAUCUGUGGUAACAGUAGGUUAAGGAUUGUUUUAAUUGUUUUAUAUACUGGCUGUGAUACAAGUUGUGAAAAUUUUAUGGAUGUUUUAAUAAUAAAAUUGAUUUUAAUA